CAUGAACUCGUGAACUUUAGAGGAUAUAUCCCAUUCCUCGCUCUGCUCAAUCAAAUAGCCAAGAUGGCAGGCAGCUGGAGCAUAUUCAUCGGCUUCGUCGUCAUUGUCCUGGCCUGCGUUGCAGCCUGGUUCUUAUCUCCGAAGGGUGAGAAUCAAACUGUCUGGCGCAGCACCUUGAUCCUCUCCUUCGCCAGUUGCUACAUUAUGUGGGCUAUCACCUUCCUCGCCCAGCUACACCCUCUCAUCAACCCCAAAAGAAGCGACCUGCGGCCGGAAUAUGCGUCGCAUUGACAUGGGGAAUGUAUAGAGUUAAGCUGCUAGAAGCUACAGAGAACUACCAGGGGCGUUAUGGACACGACGUAUUCAGCGCUGUCACUUUUAUGUAUUAAUAGGCAUGCCGCGUUUUGAGUUAGGGUCGUCGCGGGCUUGAGCCUGGAGCCUGAAGCCAAGAAAUGAUACCAUUAUAGCAUCGACUUCCUUUGCCUCAUGUCCCACUACUUUCAGGAUGAUAAGGACGGCCCAAUGGUGAAGACGACGCCAAAGUGACCCAGAGCAACAGUCAUGUCAGUCGUUCAAGAAAUAUA